AUGACCAUCACUAAAGCAUUCAAGGAGGAGUAUUCGCUUGAGAAGAGAAAGCAUAUCUCUGCAAAGAUCAAGAAUAGAUAUCCAGAUAGACUACCUAUUAUUGUCGAGAAAGCACCAAAUAGUGAUAUACCAGAGAUUACAAAGAAGAAGUUCUUGGCUCCUCAUGAUAUGAUUGUGUCCAAGUUUGUGAUGGAGAUCAGGAAACAUUUGGACGAUACUGGACAGACGAAUGAGAAGACUGCUAUAUUCCUCUUUGUAAAGAACAACACAGUGCUGCCACCUUCAUCCAAUUUAAUAUCGACUAUUCACGAGCUCUACAAGAAUGAAGAUGGUUUCCUAUAUAUUACAUACAGUGGCGAGAACACAUUUGGUGGAUCCGACUACUGCUGCUAA